AUGGCCCGGUCCGGCCCCGCGGGCCCGCCCGGUGCCCACACCGGCUCCUCCCCGCCCGCGGCGCGCAGCGAUGACGCGACACGCCGCGAUGACGCGCCCGGCGCACAGGAAGUGCCUCAUCCGUCGGCGGGAGUUCUGCCGCCGCCGCGCCCGGAUGACGUCACGUGGCAGCAGCAGCGCCGUUGCCGUGGCAACGGGCCGCGUAGGCCCGGGGCCGGCCCGGCGGCAGCGCCGUGCGGGGUCUGUCGGUCCCGCGCCCCACGCGGACACUCCUCGGCUGGGCGGGAGCGCGGGCCCCGCGGCGGCGCAGCCCGGCUCACCUGCGGGAGCCUGCGGUCUGAAGGGCCCCGCUCCCUUUCUCGCACCCCCGUAGUGUCCCGCAGGGCCCGCGCUGCUGGCCGGAGCCCCGCGGAGGGCAGUUUCUCGGCAUUCGGGACCGGCCCGGUGAGUGGGACCGGCUCGGGCGCCGCCGCCCGGUCCGGGACUCCGCCGCCGCGAGGUCCCGCUGCCCGGGGCCCCGCGAGCCUCGGUGCCUCUGCCCGCCCCGAGCUCCGCGGCCGGGCUGCGGUCGCUCUUCUCGCGGGGCCUCCCGGUGCCCUCCCGCUGCCGGCGCCGCUGCCUCCGCCCGGCGGCUCGGCCGCCUCGGACUCUGCCCCCCGCGCCCUAAGGCCGCCUGCCCGGGCGCCAGGAGCGCUCCGUGCCCGGCCCGGGCCGUUCCCCGGUGCGGGCUGCGCCCCGUGCCCACGGCUGGGGGGCCGCGCGGUGGCCGAGGGGAGCGCAGCCCGGGACUGGUCCGUGCUGGGGCCUGUGACCGUCCCAGGAGCAGCCGGGACCUGUGCCCGUCCUGCCGCCGGGGUGUGA